AUGGCCCGCCAUGGGAGGCCAGAGGAGGAGAUGUUCCUCAACAAGCCAUCCGGCGAUGGGGACAGCCCUACCGUCGAACCGCUGAGGAUAUUCAAACCCCAGAGCCCGGAUCCUUAUGCCGAUAAGGGCUCCGAUCGAUUCAGAUAUCCCACCCCGCCGGUCUCCAAACCAAGCUUCCCACUGCCGCCCGGAGCUUCGAGCUCAGCUGCACCAUUACCGUACCCUGAUGACGACGACCUCCGGAUCGGUCAGUCCUUCCAAUCAAGUCGACCUCCGUACGCGAGCGGAGGCCGGCAACCGUCCAGCGGUAGCUCAUACACCAGCCCUACGAGCCCUAUACACUCGGCCCGUCUCAACGACACCAACCCACGACUAGACACGAGCCCUAUAGAGAAGAGAGGACCCAGCCUCGCCGAGCGACGGGGAACUGCCCCUAAGCCGCUGCCGGGGGCGCUUAGCCCUACGAGUCCAACGCUAGAUGACGGAGGCUUGUUCGCGAGACCGCUGGCCAACCAACAGAAGCCAGCAGGCGGUUCGAACACCUCGUUCCCCGACUAUCAUCAGAAGCCCUAUUAUCCCCCGCCACGAGGAAAUUCUGCUGGUUCGAGUUUAAGCUCGAAAAGCAAUGCGCGACCUCAGCCGAACGAAGAUAGCUAUCUCAAGAUGCCCGCAGACAGUGGCCUCAACCGCUUCGGAUCGACGGCCUCGACGUCGACGACAAGAGCUAGUCGAGGAUCUCCGCCGCCGCCGGAAACUCCAAUCGUGGAGCCGGGCAACGUCCCCGGAGGUGGUAUUGAGGCGAGGUAUGCUGCGGCCGGAAUCUCCGGUACCGCAACCCUCAACAGCCUCCAGAGUUCGGCGGCAACACAACGGCUAGCGCAAUACGGGCAACACCCAGCUUCGCAACCAGCUUCUCAACCAACACGGCCGUGGACACCGACUGAGACACCAGAGCAGACACCGCAUGGCCCUCCCACCAUCUAUCAAGGAGGAAAUGUAGUGACGAGUCCCACUGCGUCAACAUUUAGCCCCCAGGCUACACGGCCACCAAACCUUAGUUCGAAUUCCAACUCCAACUCCGCUGGGGGGCCGGCUCUGCAAGUCAGCGUUUUGGACCAAGACUUCCAGCGAAUGCAGAUGUCGCCCAGUCCUCCACCGGCGUACUCCAGUAUUCAAGGCAGCGGAAGCUCUUCAGCAUACCCUAAUGAGAAGCAGCGGCCGAGUCAGUCCAGCUCGAGCUCUGCCGCAGCCCCGGUGGCUCAAACAGUUUCCGCGCCAAAGAAAACGAGUGAGAUCGCAGCUGGACUGGCAUCUCCAGCUUUGCAGCACCCUGGCCAUCCGGCAUUUGCGAAUGACCCAAGACAGGAGAGCCAACCCAACGGUCAGCAGCCUCAAAUUGUUACUCACACCCCAUCACCAUUCCAAGGUGGCCAGGGACCGAGUUCACCGCCACCAUUACCCGAGGGCUGGAUUGCCCAUCUUGAUCAAAACUCAGGUCAAUAUUACUAUAUCCACCUAGCUUCCCAAGCCACGCAGUGGGAAUUCCCCAAGGGGCCAAACCCCAUUCAUCAUGACAUAGCCCCCCUAUCCCCUACCGCUUCGACAUAUGGCAAUCCCCUGGGAUCCCCAAUGUUCGGCAAGCAAAGCGCCAUGGCUUCCCCCAUGUUCCCUCCGCAAACGCCUGGCUAUGCCGAGAGUAUCAUGAGUGUCGCAACAGCGACACCCACCACAGCUGGCUUCUCAGGCCCGCCUCCUGGACCUGGUGUGGAUAUGUACAAGGUACAGCCCACCAACGGCGUCUACUUUGGACCGUAUCUCAGAUAUGUGAAUAUGGAUAUCGAGCAGGGGCACUGGCUCGGCAGUAUUUUGAUAGUGACGGAUGCGCAGCAGCCUCCUACCAUCCAUAUUCAUCAGAGUAUGGAUCUGUCGCCGAAUCCUCGCCAGCUCAACGCUCAUUCUAUUUACACACAUCAAAGAUGGCAGUUCUUCAAGUACGAUGUCAGUCUACCAAUGGCCGAGGGCACCGAACGAUGGACGUAUGCUGUGACGUCGCACCUGGGAUGCACUCGUUAUGAGUUCGUAAUCGCCGGUCGCAACGAGAUAAACUGGCGCUUCGUGGCGCACUCUGGAAACGACUUCGCUGCCAGCACAUCUCAGAACGAGCGCACCAAGCUCGGCGGUCUGGGCUUCAUGUGGAAAGACGUGCUGCAGAAGAAUGUCGACUGUGGUGGUUUUCACGUCCAGCUCGGCCUGGGUGAUCAGAUAUAUGGCGACAGGCUGUGGAAAGAAGUCCCGCUCCUGAAGCAGUGGCUGGCUAUGCCCGGCAGAGAUAACCGGAAGAAUGCGCCGUGGACGGCCCGUCAUGAGGAGGAUGUGACGCAUGCUUACUUUCAUUUUUACACGAGCCAUUUCGAUCAGCCCUUUUUGCGUGAGGCAUUUGCUCAGAUCCCUCACGUCUGCCAAAUUGAUGACCAUGACAUCUUCGAUGGCUACGGUUCUUACCCGGAGUAUAUGCAAACCUCCCAGAUGUUCAAGAACAUCGGGCGGAUUGCGGUGGAUAUGUACCUUUUGUUUCAGCACCACACCACGCUAGAAAUCCUUCGUAACGUCAGUCACGACUUGGACCUGUUCACGAUCACCGGGCAGGGCUGGCACUUCGUCAAGUUCCUCGGACCCGCCGUGGUCGUAGUCGGCGCGGAUCUGCGAUCAGAAAGGACGCAGAAUCGUGUUCUCGCAGGCCCUACAUAUCAAGGGUUAUUCCCGAAGGUGGCUAUGCUGCCGCCGAGCGUACAGCACUGCAUCUGGAUGCUGUCGGUACCACUGAUCUACCCGCGGUUGGACACGGUAGAGACCUUAGCCAACACGUUCGCGACGGGCAAGAAAGCCGUCAACACGACCUACAACGUGCUAGGCAAGGUGACGAGCUCGGUGGCGGGCAUCGUGGGUGGCAAAGACGUGGUGGCGCAAGGCUUCAACCAGGUCAAGAAGGCCGUCGGCAAGUCGGGUCUGAUGGGCAACGUCGUCAACCAGUUCGGCGACCUCGAUAUCGGCGAGAUCCUCAAGGACAUGUGGACGCACGACACCAAGGACCUCGAACGUACUUAUCUGAUUCGUACGCUGCAGGGCAUUGCCCACCAGAAGGGCAUUCGCAUGACUUUCUUGUCCGGAGACGUCAAUGCCGCAGGCGCAGGGCUAGUCCACGACCCGUCGCACCCGAGCGACCACAAGACCAUGUACCAGGUGAUCACGUCGCCGAUCGUGGCGGCGCCCGCGGCGCACUACAUCCUCAAGAUGCUGCACAACAACAAGGCGCACUAUGUGCCGGCCAACGGGCAGCGGUCGUCGGCGGCGCUGUCGUCGGGCGGCGAUGCGGCCGCCAUCAGCGACACCAAGGAGGACAUGAUGGAGAUAUUCCACACGGACGCGAGCGGGCACCCGCGCGAGCUCAAGAAGCUCAUGGGCCGCCGCAACUACGUGACCGUCGUCGCGUACGACCCCGAGGCCAUCCCCGGCACGCAGUACGCGGCCAACGCAACUACGCAGGGUUUGAGCAGGCUGAGCCUGGCUAUUGAUUUUGUGGUCCAGGGCGACGGCGCGUUCACGACGCCUACGAAGUACGGGCCGGUUAUCGUGCCGCAUCUCGAGUUUGGGCGGUAA